UCUGUCAAUGCUUAAGGUGCCAAAAUCCCGCUCAGCCACUGCGUACCUAAAAAAAUAAUAUAAAUAAAACCAUUUUUCGAAACAGCGCAUAGCUCACGAGUCGAGCGGAGAGAUGGUAACGACGAAGUGUGCAGUGUAAAAAAGAUGAGAACCUUAGAAAUGAGCGUCUUGGCAGGUACAUACAUACCGCCCCGUUUCCCUUGCAGCUGCAACUCAACCUCUUCAGUAUCCUGCAAAAGUAAAAACCCCGCAACUGCACUAAUCGUACCCAACCCCAAGAAAUCAGAGAAGGUACUGAGUGGGUCAUUCCAUCAAACACAUGGUGCGCAAUCUCUUCCCCCAAAGAUGAAAAGGGUGUUCUUCUUAGACGUUAAUCCGCUCUGCUACGAAGGAAGCAAGCCCAGCUUGCACUCUUUCGCUCGAUGGCUCUCUCUUUUUCUCUCCCAAGUUAGCCUCACCGAUCCUGUCAUUGCUGUUAUUGACGGUGAAAGAGGCAGUGAAUAUCGCAGAAAGUUGCUACCUUCUUAUAAAGCACAUAGAAAAAAAUUCACCAAACAUGUAUCAACUUUGCGAAAAUUUUCAGGCGGUCAUGUCCCAAGGUCUCAUCAAGUUAUCAACGAUGUUCUCGGAAAAUGCAACGUGCCAGUUAUAAAAGUUGAUGGCCAUGAAGCCGAUGAUGUUGUAGCUACACUUGCAGGACAAGUUCUCAAUAAAGGGUUUCGAGUGGUUAUUGCCUCCCCUGAUAAGGAUUUUAAGCAACUUAUAUCUGAAGAUGUGCAAAUGGUUAUGCCGUUGCCAGAGUUACAAAGGUGGUCGUUCUACACCCUCAGGCACUACAGAGAUCAGUAUAAUUGUGACCCACAAUCUGAUCUGAGCCUUAGAUGUAUUGUAGGUGAUGAAGUUGAUGGCGUUCCUGGUAUCCAACAUCUAGUCCCUAGUUUUGGUCGGAAGACUGCUCUAAAACUUAUUAAAAAGCAUGGUUCAUUGGAAACUUUAUUAAAUGCGGCUGCAGUAAGGACUGUGGGUAGACCAUAUGCACAGGAUGCCCUUAAAAAGUAUGCUGAUUACCUACGGAGAAACUAUGAAGUUCUUGCCUUGAAAAGAGAUGUAAAUGUCCAACUUUAUGAGGAGUGGUUGGUUGAGAGAGACAAUCACAAUGAUACAGUUACGCUAUCUACCUUCUUCAGAUAUUUGGAAGAAAGUAAGGAGCUCACUCACAGUACCAGACCUAUCUUUUAUAAUGGUUGAAUCCAUACAGGGAUGUUGUUGGUAUCAUGUUUGGUCACUAUAACAAGGAAGCUUGCUCUAGCUGUCUCAUCAGCAUUCAUACAGUGCAAACAGUGUUGCCCAGUUCUUAGAACCUCCCUCACAACAGGAAAUGGAUAGCAUCGCUAGACUCCAUCAAUAUAAAAUUUCAUAAAUUUAUCUAGUGUAGAAUAUAUUUUUUCCAGGUUUUCUCAAAUAAUUAAGAUUGUAAAAUGACAAUAUAUAUAUAUAAUAGUAAUUUAUUUACAUUUUCAU